CUCCACGCUUGUGCCGUGAAGUUCCCCGCGCAACCGGUUCAUUUUUCGCCCGCCAAAACGGGGAUCCCCCGGGACCUUUCUUUUGACUUCUUCGGCUCAACCUUACCGGCAAGGAAGAAUAAGCGUAGUGCGUUUAUAAUAAACGCCUGCGACUAGCGAGCUGGACGCUCAGUCGAUCUUUCGCGCGAAACCAAAUCAGCAGUAUUUCAAUCAUGCUGAAAUUGGUCGUAACUUUGAUUGUAGUUUUCGGUGUUGUCAAGGCUGAGGAUUACCAGUUUGGCUGUGACAACCAUUACCAUGCGUUGAUGGAGCGGCAUGUACGGGAAGUUCCAAAUUAUAGUGAAUACACCGAUGCCUCGAUCGACCCGCUGAACGUGACCUUCCACUUGAACACCAGACAGAAUCCAACGGAGAGUGAAAUCCUGACCAUCGGAAAUGUCCAGCUGCUGAAGGCUUCCAAGUUCAACAGCUCUAAUCCGACGAGGAUCAUCGUGCAUGGCUUCUGCAACUGUCGACAUUCGGAUUUCUGUCUGGAAACCCUUCAGAUGCUCCUGUACCGUCAAGAGUACAACGUGAUCACGCUCAACUGGCAGAGUGGUAAGCAGCUGACCGACUACUGGACCGCCAGGAAGCGAAUCAUCCCAGCAUCCAAAGAUCUCGCAAAGUUCAUCGACUUCUUGCACGCAAAAGGAGGUCUGAACCUAAAGGAUCUCUACCUAGUGGGACACAGUCUGGGUGCUCAUCUGUCCGGGCUGGCAGCCAAAGCGAUCACCAGCGGAAAGGUCAACACGAUCGUUGGGUUAGACCCGGCAAAACCCUUGUUCGAUCUUGAUAGACCGGCAGAACGCUUGGCGGACACCGAUGCCGAGUACGUUGAGGUGAUCCACACCAACGGUGGACGGCUGGGGAUCUUCGAUCCCAUCGGCCAUACCGACUUCUAUCCCAACGGUGGAGUCAGUCAACCCGGGUGUAACUGGUGGAUCUUCGGAGCUUCCUGCUCGCAUGGUCGAGCCUGGGCGUUCUACGCCGAGUCGGUGAUCUCGAAGGUGGGCUUCUGGUCAACUCUGUGCCAGUCGCUUAGCCAGGUUAGUCCGGCUGGAUGUCGAAGUCCGCGGGCCAAACUUCGGAUGGGUGGGGAACCGAUCGUACAGCAGUCGCGAGGGAUCCUGACGGUUCGAACGCGGAGUGAGUCACCGUUCGCGGAGGGAAAGCUGGAGGAUGUGAGGAGGAAGAAAUGGAAGGGAAUGGGUAAGGAAAAGAAGAAGAUGUGGAAGGGUGGAAAGAGGUAUUUAUGAAAAAAAAAAAACAUAAUUGUAAUUUCAUCUACUUGACUUAGAUCAGCAUUGAGAACCUCAAUUCCAAUGUAUUCCUCCAGUAAAUUUAUUAAAUAAUAAAACCAUCCUAUUUAUAGAUAGCUUGCCAAAUAUGAAAAAACAAGGUAUAAGAAUAAGGAUUUUGCGAUUUAGUUUAUUAUUUACCGAAAUAUGUAUUCCUUAGAUGUUAUUGUUCUGUCAAAUGCAGAAUAAUUUGAAAAUGAUAAAAUUCUAGUAUACAAAAUGAACGUAAGUUACAAAUAAAAUGACGACUUGUUCUCCGAUAACACGUAGAAUUAAGCAUAAAUAAAUUAGAAAUAAAGUGAACAACAUUUUGUUUUUAUUGAACAAGACGUUUUGAUGGAAAUUAAAAAAACUAUAGUUUUUAAAUUAUUUUGAAAAAUCUCUAAUUAUAUAUUUUGUUUUAAUAGUUUAUCAAGUAUAGCAAUUUUUUUCAUUUGCAUGUAAUUCAAUCCACUGUAUUAGAAGUAAUUUUAGUUAUUGCAUUAAUUUUAAAAUGUUUUCUACAUUUUAAAAAGGAUAAUAAGAUUUUAAAAUAAAUUCU